AUGCCGCUUUCCAGGACCAAGAGCUGGUUCCCAACGACCUCGUCGCCGCUCAUAGUUAGCGCUCCCAUGGCAUUCGUAGCCAAUGUCCAACUAGCUACGGAAGUCACCAAGGCUGGCGGCUUGGGCUUCAUUCAAGGAGGCCGCGACUUCUCGGUGGGAUCCGCGGAUCUCAAGAACCUUGAUAGCGAACUGACUUCAGCACAUGAGGGACUCGAAGGCUUUCAGGAUUGGAAGCUCGCACUUCCAAUCGGCGUGGGUUUUGUUGCAUAUUCCCCUUCUAUUUCGCAGUUCGCCGAGACUGCAGUCCCUAUUCUUCGACGCCAUCGGCCAGCUGCAGUAUGGAUAUUUGCACCAUCUCCACAUCUCCCAAACACGGUGGCCGGUGUCAUUGAAUCCCUCCGCAACUUCGGAGACGAAUGGGGAUUGCGGGUCGUCGUUCAGGUAGGCUCAGUAGCUGCGGCUCGGGAAGCGGCUCAGGAUGGGGCGGAUAUCAUCGUGGCUCAAGGCACUGAUGCAGGGGGUCACCAGUGGGCGCAUGGGGCUUCGUUCAUCAGUCUCGUGCCGGAGAUCGCGGACAUGGUGGCAGAGGAGUUCUCUGACCGAGAGAUCAGUGUUUGGGCGGCCGGCGGAAUGGCAGACGGUCGUGGUGUCGCAGCUGCGAUAGCCCUUGGAGCUGAAGCGGCUGUACUGGGAACUCGGUUCGUGGCCGCCGUCGAGUCGUCAGCCCAGGACUUCAAACGUAACGCUAUUACGUCGACCUCGGAUGGCGGCGCCAACACAGUCAAGUCUCAAUUGCAUGACCAUGUCCAGGGCAAUAAAGAAUGGCCUGACAUCUAUGAUGGGAGGGCCAUACUCCACCCAUCGUAUCAGGACGAUAAAGCUGGAGUUCCUCUAGAAGACAACACUGAACGCUUCAAGUCUGCCAAAGACGCAGGGGAUAAUUCAAGAAUGAUAACCUGGUCUGGCACGGGCGUAGGCCUUAUUAAGGAGGUCCUCCCGGCGGCAGAUAUCGUACGCGUAGUGAGAGAGGGUGCUAUCAAAGCCAUCGCCGGGGCGAAGUCCGCAGCUUGA